UUCUUUAGUACCGUAGCCACACAGUACUGUAUUAAUAAUUUCCUUAAAUUUCUAUUUCAGUACAGGGCGUCUACAGACGGGGGGUGGGCGGGGUCCCUCAGCGCCGCGCUGGGUGCAUUAGCAGCGGCCGGAGCACUUCAGGCCGCGAUCUUACCGCGCACCACGAUACUGUUGCUUUUGUUUGUCACGGCCUUUGCCUGGUCCGCCGCUGUACUGGCUCUGACGCUCGCCGCUCGACUGAGACUCAUACCCUGCGACGUGUCACGACCAUUUGCGCUUAGAAACGCCAUCACUACCUUUACUAUUGUGCUCGGUUAUGCUGUCGGUCAAGUUAAUGUGAUAACAUGUCGUGAAGUGAAUGUUUGCCGAAAUUUAACGGAAAACGUAACGAUGGAGGAUAUCCGCUCAACGUCGGACCACGUCGCUGCUGCCCUUUGGAGUAGUACCGAUCAUAGGGCUUGUCCCAUCCCACUGUACAUCACCCUCGGGUGCUGUAUUAGUAUGUUGGCGGUUGCUGUCUUCUUGCGACUACCGAUAUUGAUUAAGGGGAUAUUGUUGGCUGUGAUGACUGCUGGAUACGUAACUGUGAUACUGACUUACCAUAAGCACCUGUUCGACUGCUACGAUCUUAUGACUGAUCCCGGAGCCGUCGGUUCUGCCUUCAUAGCAUGUGCGUGGACUCUAGCGCUGGCGUUAGCGGUGCUUCUGCAUGCUCGGCAGACAGAAUGGACAGCUAGACUCGACUUUCUGUGGCAGGUGCAGGCUAGAGAUGAAAAGAGAGAUAUGGACGCCUUACAGGCAUCAAAUAGGAGAAUAUUGUUUAAUUUGUUACCGGCACACGUUGCAACACAUUUCUUGGAUAAUCAGUUCAGGACAAAUAUGGACCUGUACCACCAGUCGUAUCAGCGUGUGGGCGUAGUGUUCGCGUCCAUCACUAACUACCACGAGUUUUACAUGGAGCUCGAUGGAAACAACCAGGGCAUGGAGUGUCUGCGGCUGCUUAACGAGAUCAUCGCUGAUUUUGACGAGUUGUUAGGCGAAGAUCGGUUCGACGCUAUAGACAAAAUCAAAACUGUCGGCUCUACGUACAUGGCUGCUGUCGGUCUCAUUCCCGACAAGAAGAUGUCCGAUGAUGCAAGCACUCGCAAACAUAUGGCAACUUUAGUAGAAUUUGUGUUUGCAAUGCGAGAUAAACUCAAAGAUAUCAAUGAUAAUUCUUACAACAAUUUCAUGUUACGAGUUGGUAUAAAUGUUGGGCCGGUAGUCGCAGGAGUGAUAGGUGCAAGAAAGCCUCAGUAUGAUAUAUGGGGAAAUACAGUUAACGUAGCGUCUCGCAUGGAUUCCACAGGACUCCCUAAUCAUACUCAAGUAACUGAAGAAGUUUAUCAGGUUUUAAAAGAUAUGCCCUACCAGUUCGUAUGCAGAGGCAAAGUCAAAGUGAAAGGAAAGGGUGAAAUGACAACAUACUUUUUGACAGACAGAGCACCAUCUAACAGCAAUACGCAGAACUCCUCGAACGGUCAUUCUCAAAAUCCGCCUACAGCUUAUGGGGGGGUUGCAACACCUCUCGCUAUGCUACAGAAUUCGGCACGGAGAGCAGCAGCACAACCUUCGAGACUUCCGCCCGUUAGAGAAUCUUCAGUAGCUGGCGAAAAUGAGCCUCUUCUUCCUUCGAAUGGUCACCAUAGCAACGGUAACAAUCACAAGGGCAGUAAAGGACGAAGAAAUAAGGAUCUGGAAGAUACACCUCCCCCUCCCCCUCCGCACGGGAUCAACGGUAAUCCCCGCUGGCCCCCGCCGCGGGCGCUAGUGCCGCCCUGGCCGCGACCUCAGGAGCCGCGUCCUCCCGCUGUCCAUAAAAGGAGACCUCCGACUAGACUUCCACGACCACGGUCAAGUGAAAGUUUACCUUUAGCGAGGAGUCCCAGAGUUCAUUCUUCGGCGGAUGAACUGAGCUCUCUUACUCGCUCUCCGAGUCUCAGCUCGUCAGAUGAGAGUUAUUCCCGUACAACUGACGCCUCCCCCUCCCCCCCUAGACCGGCGCCCUGGCUACCACCCCUUCGAUCUCAACGAAUCGAAUCGAACACAGCAUAUGACUACCCGCCAAUUCGACUCAAUAAACCGACGCCGAAUCUUAUUAAUGACAUUUACACGAAACAUAAAAUGAAUAAAAAAACCUCAUUAGAAGAUAAAAUUAUCGAUAGUAGUUUAAACUUUCAAAAAGAGGGCGAAAAGUUACAGAGAAGUAUAAUUAACAUGCUCCAAACGUCCGUGAAAAGAGACAGUUGCAGUCAAACAGACAAAAAGGACAUCCCGCACCGCAAUCAGAGGACGAGCUCAUUUUCGAGUUCCGGCAGUCGGCCGAACAAUUUGAAACAUUUAAAUCAUGACACGAGAGAAGUAUUUACUAAGCGGAGCCCGUCGGACGUCGCUUGUGUACCGCCUUUCGAGAGAGAAAUUCAAAGGCUGCUCGAUGAUAAAAAUCUAAUUAGUAUAAAUUCGCCAAAGACGGAAAGAAAGGACUUAAAAUUAGAGUUAAGGUAUGUAUCAAUUUUAUAUUACUAACUAUAGCAGAUUAAUUUUUGGUUAUCCUAAAACUAUUAAGCCAUGUUGCAGGAAAUCAUGAAACAUGAACUUCGAAUCUAAUUCUUUAGUAUGCUGAUAAAGUUAGUAUUUAGACUAAAGUACCAACUACAUAACCGUAACCCACGUAACUUUACCUUAAUCAAAGUAGUGAAAGUGUAUAAAUUAAGAAGGCAAUUAUCUCCUGGUGGAUUUCGGGAUAGGGUCGGCCA